AUGAAAGGUGAAGAGGAGAGAUGCGACGGCGACGAGGGUGGUCUUGAUGGUGGCUGUCUCGAUUUGGAAGGGCAAGGUGUCAAGCCGAUCUGGGGUGCAGACAAGGGACAAGAGGCGAAAUCAGGAAAAGUCAAGACCUACACAGGCGACAGGGACAAAGCAGUCAAAGCGAAGCGACAGAAGUUCGGUUUGGAUCGCCGCCUUUGGCCCUUUGGUUUAGCAAGCAGGCAACACAGAGACGCAAAGGAGAUCCAGCCAGCCAUCCAAGCCAUUCAUGGAGGGCAGAACGGGGCAAUUCUGGAGAAGGAGCGGCGGCUAACCAAGUUCGCAUCUGAGUUUAGUGUGAGCUGCACACCAAAAGUGAAGGAAUACUGUUAA